AUGUUUUUUUUUUUUCCUGCUGAUUAUUAUAUUGGCGGUCAGAAACUGGAGAUUCCUCCAUCCGUGUUCUCUACUCCGGGAGCUCUGAUCGAUUCCGGAACCGUCGUUUCUCGUCUCCCGCCGAAAGCCUACGCGGCGCUGCGAAGCGCGUUUGUGGCGGAGAUGUCGCAGUAUCCGACCGCGGCGGGCUUCUUGAUCUUGGACACGUGCUUUGAUUUCACCGGGUUUGAGACGGUGACGCUCCCGAGGGUGUCGUUUACCUUCAGCGGUGGCGUCGUCGUGGACCUUGAGCCGACAGGGAUUUUAUACUCGCCUACCACGUCGUAUUAUUGUUUGGCGUUUGCAGGGAAUGACGAUGACGGUAAAGCUGCCAUCUUCGGGAGCGCUCAGCAGCAAACGUUGGAAGUUGUGUACGACGGUGUGGGUGGACGGGUCGGGUUUGCUCCAAAUGGUUGUAACUGAC